AUGUCUCACUCCUUUUUGAAAAAUUCCUUUGAUAUCAUUUUCAACACUUUUUUAUUUUUCGACCUACCAUCUUUCUUACUUUUGUCAAUGCUCUUUUUUUCCCUCGGUCUGUCUCUGCAUAUCAUAUCUAUCUAUCUAUCUAUCUAUCUAUCUAUCUAUCUAUCUAUCUAUCUGUCUCUUUUAAAUUAUACUUUCUAUUCUCUCUCUUUGUGGUCUCUCUUUCCAAUUAAUUUUCAUUCUUCUUCUUCUUUUUCUUCUUCUUCCUCCUCCGCCUCUUUUUCAUCGUCGUCUUCUUUCUCCUACUCCUUUUCUUCUUCUUCUUCUUCUUCUUCUUCUUCUUCUUCUUCUUCUUCUUCUUCUUCUUCUUCUUUCCUUCUUUUUUUUUUUCUUUUUCUUCUUCCCCCUCCUUCUCCUCUUUUUCUGCUUCUUACUCCUCCCCUCCUAUCCUCCCCACUUCCUCCUCCUCCUCCUACUCUUCUUCUUCUUAUUCUUCUUCCAAUUUUCUUCUCUUCUUGCCCAAUAUUCUUUUUUUUCUCCACCAAGUCCUCUUCCGUUUAUAUUAUCCUCAGCUUCUUACUUACCUUUUCGAUUCUUGUCCUUUCGUUGCAGGACACCACCUCCCCAUCCCAUUCCUCCUUCUUCACUUCAUUAUUUUCAUCUUCAUUCUUCCUUUAUAUAAUUGUCUUUUAUACUUACUACUACUACUACUAA